AUGUGUCGCGGUUCCGCGCGGCCAUCUCGCGCGCACACGCGCGCGCGCCGGGUUCGGACGACGCCCGCCGCGAUAAUGGCCGCGGCGGACGCCUCCGAGGCGCCGCCGAGGAGGGGCGACGCGGAGAUGGACGCCAUCGCGGAGGAGGAACCCGCGGUCGCGGGUCCCUCGACGGCCGAUGAGCGCGAGCCCCGCGACGACGACGCGGACGACGAGAACGAGGAGGAAACCCCGGACGCGCUCUUCGCGAUGCUCACGCCCGCGUUCUUGGAGCACAAAUCUCGCGCGUCGCUGGACGCGGAGGAAGCGCACGGGCUCGCGCGGAUGCUCGCUGAGGUCUCCGACGAGGGCAUCGCGGAGACGCAGGUGGACGGCGCGCUCGCGCUCGCGCGCAACGUCAUCCGCGCCUUCCUCCGAGCGAACGCGGAGGGGGCGUCGUCGUCGGACGACGCGACGACGCGCCGGAGCCGAGCGAAACCGAAGAAGCGCACGCCGGAGCCGUCGCCGCAAAACGACGUCGCGGUGACCUCCUACGUCCCGUCCACGGCGGCGUCCGCGCACGAGGUGGCGCGCGCGGCGGCGACCGCGCGCGCGCACGAAUCCGAGAUUCGAGCGCUGGAGAUGAAACACGCCGCCAAGCUGGACGCGCUCGCGGACGACCUCGCGGAGACGGAGGCGCACUGCGCCGCGCUCGCGACGGACAACGCGCGCCUCGAGGACGCGAUGACGCGAGCGAUGGAGGACGCGGCGGCGGCGCGGCGGGGGGGGCACGGCGGGAUGAUCGCGAGGGGCCCGGGCGCCGCGACGCCGACGACGACGAGUCCCGGGACGGAGCGCGCGCGUCGCGCCGAGCUGGACGCCGCCGCGGACGCGGUGGACGCCGCGGACGCGGAGGCCGAGCGCGCGCGCGAGGAGUGCCUCGCGCUGAGAGAGCAGCUCCGCGACGCGAGGGAGGAGGCGGUCCGCGCGACGCGGAGGAAGGAGACCAUCGAACGCGCGCGGCUGACGCAAUUCGCGGAUCAAGCGGAGAAGGACGCGCGCGUCGACGCGUUGCGGAAACAGCUGAAGGCGACGCGGAAGGCGCUGACGGCGCAGCGCGAGGAGACGGAGACGGCGCUUCGAGAGCUGAAGGCGGUGAACGACUUCGCGGAGCAGCGCGAGGUGGAGCGGUUGAUAGAGGUGCGGAAAGAGGCGCGCGAGAAGGGGAAGGAGAAUCUGCGGAGCGCGACGCACGUCGAGGCGGCGUUUCGAGCCAAGUGCGUCAAGGGGAUGCAGGACAUGCUGGAGGUAAACAAGAAGCUCGAAGCGCGCGUGCUUCAGGAGCGAGAGCGCAGGGUGACCGCCGAGGCCGAGGUCGGUCAGCUGAAGCGGACGCUGACGUUUCAGAGGACCGUCGGCGCGAUGCAGAGCUUCAUGCGACGGGGGAGGGUGGAGGACGUGGAGGACGAGGGCGCCGCGCGGAUUUUGGACGACGCCGCGACGGUGAUUCAACGGCGGUACCGCGGGAUCGCGGGGAGGAAGAAGGCGAGGGAGAUGUGCCGGGAGAUUUUCGAGGAGGAUAGCCCGUACGACGAGCACGACGGCGUGGACGCGACGAUCAAGGAUUUAGUCGACGCGACGGUGGAGAGAGCGCUCGCGAGGGCGGGAGACGCGUAG